CCGGGGCGCGGCACGAGGACCCGUCCGGGGCGCAGCGCGUGGGCCCGGCUCAGGACCGCUCAGGACCGCUCGGACCCGCCCGGCCCGGCCCGACCAUGAAUUCGUGCGCGCGGCCGCGGGCGCUGCUGCUGGCGCUGGCCCUGCUGGCCCCGCUGGCCCUGCGGGUGGACGCGGGGUCCCGCGGGCCCUUCCGGCGCGGACGCGGUUGCUACCGGGCCCUGCGCGGGGACCCCGCGGCGCUGCCGGGACGCAGGACCUACCCCCGUCCCCACGAGUACCUGUCCCCGGCGGACCUGCCCAAGACCUGGGACUGGCGCAACGUGGACGGGGUCAACUUCGCCAGCGCCACGCGCAACCAGCACAUCCCCCAGUACUGCGGUUCCUGCUGGGCCCACGGCAGCACCAGCGCCCUGGCCGACCGCAUCAACAUCAAGCGGAAGGGCGCCUGGCCCUCCACGCUGCUGUCCGUGCAGCACGUGCUGGACUGCGGGGGCGCCGGCUCCUGCGAGGGCGGCAACGACCUGCUGGUGUGGCAGUACGCCCACGAGCACGGCAUCCCCGACGAGACCUGCAACAACUACCAGGCCAAGGACCAGGAGUGCAACAAGUUCAACCAGUGUGGGACGUGCACGGAGUUCAAGGUGUGCCACGCCAUCCAGAACUACACGCUGUGGAAGGUGGGCGACUACGGCUCCGUGGCCGGGAGGGAGAAGAUGAUGGCCGAGAUCUACGCCAACGGGCCCAUCAGCUGCGGGAUCAUGGCGACCGAGAAGAUGGACAAGUACUCGGGGGGCAUCUACUCUGAGUACGCGGAGGAGGCCGCCAUCAACCACGUCGUUUCCGUGGCCGGCUGGGGCGUCAGCAACGGCACCGAGUACUGGAUUGUGCGGAACUCGUGGGGCGAACCGUGGGGCGAGCGGGGCUGGAUGAGGAUCGUGACCAGCGCCUACAAAGGCGGGCAGGGCGCCAGCUACAACCUGGCCAUCGAGGACGCCUGCACCUUCGGGGACCCCCUCGUGUAGGAGCCGCCGGCGCGUCUUUGGCACCGUGAGGUCCUGAGCGGCGGUGACCCCAGCUGGGGCGGCAGGACGGCUCCUGGGACGGCGCACGCCGGACACGGGGGAGGAACGGCCACGCGCGGGCUCUGCGCUCUGUGGACGGCUGGAGUCGGGCGGAGGGAGAUGCGAUUUCUCAUGGCCCGAGAGACAAAUAAAACACGCGGU